AACUUGUAACUCUUGUAACAGUCUCCCUAUUUUACGAAUGAAAACUAAAUAUCCCACAAUCCCUCUGUUGACACCAGUCGGCCAGGGCAAUGUUAAGAUAUGUGAAAUGUAGCUAGCUGUCCAGCUAAAGACAGAAUCAAACCGUUUUGUUACAGAUGUGGGGACGCGUAUUUGUGAACCCAUUGGUGACUGGCAGAGUUCAUCUCCUCUGGAAUCGCAGAAGAUUAUUUACCAUGCAGGUGAAAACGAAAGAGUUUCAGUCAUUGUUCACCGAUGGGCUGAAUAGCAUAGCAGAGCUUUUCGAGAAGAACCAUUUUGAGCUGCGUAUAGCAGGAGGCGCUGUGCGGGACCUCCUGUCCGGGAAGCGGCCGGACGAUGUGGAUUUUGCCACGACUGCCACGCCCAACGAGAUGAAGGGCAUGUUCCAGGCAGCUGGGGUCCGGAUGAUCAAUAAUAAAGGGGAGAAGCAUGGGACCAUCACUGCUCGGAUACACAAUGAGAACUUUGAGGUGACCACUCUGAGAGUGGACAUACAGACAGAUGGACGGCAUGCUGAGGUGGAGUUCACCACUGACUGGAAGAAAGAUGCAGAGCGCAGGGACCUCACCAUCAACUCCAUGUUUUUUGGCUUAGACGGGACCCUGUAUGACUAUUUCAAUGGCUAUGAAGACCUUAAGAACUGUAAGGUCCGGUUUGUUGGUAGUCCAGUUGCGAGAAUUCAGGAGGACUACUUGAGAAUUCUAAGAUACUUCAGGUUUUAUGGAAGGGUGGCAGGGCAGGCCGGGCAACACGAGCUUGAGACGCUGCAGGCCAUUCGGGAGAACGCCCAGGGGCUGGCCUCCAUCUCGGGAGAGCGCAUCUGGGUGGAGCUGAAGAAGACGCUGGUGGGGAACCAUGCAGCACAUCUGGUUGAACUCAUGUAUGAGCUGGGCAUGGCUCAGUAUAUGGGGUUACCUGUGGAGGGGAAUGUGGCAGAGCUGAUGCGGGUGUGGCAGCAGGCACAUGGUUGGUCGCCUAAGCCAAUGACGAUCCUGUCGGCACUGUUUCGGAGCUCGGCCGAGGUGGACCGGCUGGACCUGCGGCUGAAGAUCUCCAGGGAGGAGAAGAACCUCGGGCUCUUCCUGGUGAAGCACAGGCGGGAGCUUGUCAAGUCUGAGGACGAACCUGACAGCAUCAAGCCCUUCACCGAUUUCAUCAUCGAUUGUAGGGAGACUGACGCCCAGAGUAAGAUGUGUGAGUUGCUGAAGUACCAGGGUGAGGAGCGGCUGCUGGGGAGGAUGCAGACCUGGGACAUCCCCCGCUUUCCCGUCAGCGGCCAUGACCUGAGGAGGAUGGGCAUCACCUCCGGCAAGGAGAUCGGUCUCAUACUGCAGAACCUAAGGGACGUCUGGAAGGACAGCCGCUACCAAAUGGACAAAGAGGAGCUACUGAACAAUGUGGUCAGGUCAUAGCCAGGGACCCAAAGGGGGUCAUAGCACGUCCCUGCAUCUGAAAGUCAUCCAAAACCUGGGCACACCCCCUUACCCAGUUUUUCCACUUUUGGGAAGUUUGAGGCUGUGGUGUUGCAGCCAGUGUUCACACAGCUGUCCAAUCUAAGACAAUAAGCAAAUUAUGUACUCUAUGGUGGCAGCUAAUGGUGGCUCUUGUGGCUGCAAUGAACGUUUUCCAUUUCCAGUCAAAUUAGCUUUUAGCAAAGCAAAGAUGGCGUCUAGUGAGGGGGGCUUGAACAGGAAGAGACAGUCCUACACCAAGCCAACAUAUUUGAUUCAGUGGGGUAUAAGCGUAUGUGAGAUUUCCCGGUUUGCAACAAUCAUUCGUUUUUUUGGGUGUUUUUUUGCAAACAAAACAUACUUGUUAAAAGAUGCAUAGUAUGCUGGCUUGCCACACUCAUGCUUGUGGGAAAACUAAGAAUAAAAAUGUGAAAUGUGAAA